CGUCAGUCUCACACAUACUUUCCGAGCUGGCCAGUAUCCAAAUCAAUUCCACCAUCUAAACUAUAUAAAGCAGGCGAGUGUAUCGCUGCUGGCUGGCUGGCUGGGUCGGUAGCUUAGUUGAGAAGUUAGCCUCUCCUUUUCUCGCUCCACUCUGCAGCGAGAACAGGAGAGGCUAACUUCACUAAUGUUGGGGUAACGGGCUUAUCGACGGGCCUAUUUUGCACGUCAAUUGACGGGCUUCUACACUAGUUUAUUUCUAAAUCACAAACUGUAUACAUCACAUCAACCCUCACCCACUACAUGCACAUACGCAAUGUCUGCAAUAAAUCCGGAAAACAUUUUCAGAUCGGCACAUUUCAUCGAUAAUUCUCACUAUGAUGCGAUCUUGUCCAUUUUUAAGCAAAAUAUUCAUAAAGAUUUGCAAAAUGUGACGAGGCUGCUGAGUCGCUGCGCUACCGAGGAUGAAAAGCUGGACGUGUUGGGAAAAUAUUUCAGUUGGAGAGACGUUCCCAAUGAAUAUUUUGAGAGAAUCAAGAAAUCAUCCCAAUUUUCCAAUAGUUUCCGAACCCUUGGAAAUGAAUCUUAUAAAGGAAAGAAAAUCUCUGAAGCUCUCCGAUUUUACAAUCUCGCCAUUUUAUUUGCACAUGCCAAAUCCCCUGAGAAAGGCCUAGCACUUGCAAAUCGAUCCGCUCUGUUGAUGGGGUUGAAAGAAUAUGAAGACGCAUUGACCGACUGUAUAAAAGCGUUAGACUAUGCAGAAGUAUUGGGUGACAGUGAAAUUGUGGAUAAGUUGAAGAUAAGGAAGGCAAAGUUGGAAACGUUAUCAGAAAAUGGGACAAAUUUGCAUGGCAAACAUUUUCCUGGGACUGAACUGUUACGAGAAAUCGUGGAGAAAGUUGGAAAAAAUAAUGAUGAGAUCGAAGGGGCGGCUGAAUUUGUACGAAUUUUUACACAAGAAGGAAAAGGACGUGGGUUGAGGAAUGUUGGGCAGGAGAAAGUUAAAGCAGGAAAUUGCAUCUUAAUUGACGCCGGGUACACAAUAAUGUUAGACAAACAGACCAAUUGGGAUACACAGCACUGCUCAGGCUGUGGAAAAGUAAUCCUUGGUGGCGUUUCUGAUGAGGAGGAUGUUUUUUCGACUUAUUGCUCCAGUACUUGUAUGGAAAAUUUCACCAAAACAUACGGCAACCUUCCCACCUUAUACCCAUACUUUCACCACAUCGAACCCCUCCACGAGUGCCUCCUCAUUUGCAAAAUAUUUGCAAAAAGUCGGGACCAUGACUUAGGCCAAUCCGUCACAAAAUCCAAGUAUGACGCCAGAUCCUACUCAACUGUCGCCAACUUAAUGGCACAUUCCAUAGCAUUCGACCCCACCAGAAUUACUGCAGAAUCGCCCCACUUCAAAGCCAUCUUUAUCGGACAUCUUCUAAAAAAUUUACACUUUCUUAACUUGUCCCAACCGACAAUUUCACGGUUAACCCUUCGCCACUUAUUCUCCCUCCCUCACAACAUGAUAACUCUGUCCGAUUGGGCGUCUCCGGAAGGACCAAUCACCCACCCACUUUGGGAUUCCCGCGCGAGGGAAAAAUAUUUAACGAUUAAAACGAAAUCUUACGCCACCGGGGUAUUCCCAGUGACCGCGUUAUGUAAUCAUUCCUGUGAUCCGAAUUGUGUAUGGGUGCAAAAUCCGCGGGUCGGUUUAGGAGUUUUAGUAACGAUUAGGGAGAUUGGGGCAGGGGAAGAAUUGUGCAUCAGCUACAAACAGCCGUGGAGCAGAAUGAGGGGGGAUGAGAGGAGGAAGUGGCUGAGGGAGGGGUAUGGCUUCGAAUGUGGGUGUGUCGCGUGUAUCGAGGACUGGAAAAUGUUGAAGGGCGGAGAUGAGAAUGUGGAUAAAAUUCGGGAAUUUGAGACACUUUUGAAGAACGGGGAACGCUUGUUGAAUUCUGGGAAUGUGAGACAAGCAUGGAGAUGUUUUAUGGAGAUAGAAGGCAUGAUAAGGGGGGAGGAUCGGAGGCUGGAGUGGGUCCAGCGGGGUGAAGAGUUUGGGAGGAGAGCAUUUGUCGAAAUGGGAAUGCGAUAGCUAAAUAAAAUAAAUUUAAUUGCAUAUUUAUGUCACUCGAGUCGUUAUAUGUAGAUGUUUUACACUUGAAUAAACAAGGCCCCAAAAAAUGGGAAAUCUUAGUGAGUCAGCGCAAUCACAGUUAAUAAAUAAAGUUAGAUUGAAUAAUUUUUUCAUCACCGCUCUCGGUAUCAUUUUUCCUGGAAGCAUGAAUUAAUCAUUUAGAAUAAUUGCUCCCCCCUCAAAGGGUCUGGAGAUUUCAUCAGAAUAGGAAUUAAUAGGAUAUCCAAAUUUAUAUAUCGAAAUUGUAGACUUUCAACUCUUUCUUUUAAAACGCAGUUCACAAUUACAUUUCAUAUCGAUUAAUUUAUCCAACUUCUCGUUCAAUAGUAAAAACGUCAUCUUGUAAUCUCAACUAAUUUAAUGAAUGCAAGAGUUCAUGCGUAUGCAAAACUUAAUUUACAGUGGACCCAGUAAAAAUUAUCCCGAGAGCGGUGAUGCAAAAGUUAUUCAAUCUAACUUUAUUUAUUAACUGUGAUUGCGCUGACUCACUAAGAUUUCCCAUUUUUUGGGGCCUUGUUUAUUUAAAACUUGUAAUUGGUUGUCAAAGACAUUAUUUUUACUGCACAACCGCCGUUGUUAUCGGCACCCUGAAUAUUUUUAUUAAAUUUUUGAUUUUCAAACUUGAAUAACGCUGUUAUUUCUAACCGAUUUAGGUCAUUUUGCGCUUAAAAUGUCCGGAAUGACUUUGACUAAAAUAUUUGCAAUAAGCGAGCAUGCUGAGAUACACCACUUAUAAAUCAUAAAAAUAAAUAUGUUUUCAGGGGAAAAUUUUUGCACAUUUUGGCACAUAACUUGGGUAAAAAUCAAAGAUUCGCCAAGUCGACUGGCAGAUCUUUUCUAAAUUACCUAUCAAUGAUCUGUGCAAAAUUUCAUCAAAAUCGGUUGAGAAAUGGCUGAGAAAUCGACUUAUAUCACUUUUUUUGGGUGGGGUAAAUGCAUACUUAGCAAAUUUUUUUCGUUGUCAGGUAUUUGCCUCACUAAGAAUAAAGCUUGUAAUACUGAACCAAGAUCUAUAGAUUGAAAUACACUCUUAAAAAUAAUGUUACCCUUUUGAAACGUAAAUGCACUCUGAAUUCUAAAUUCAGCAAAUUGUGCGAUUUUAAGUAAGUCCAAAGUUACAUUACCUCGAUAUAAAGCAAAGUUUACUCUGGAUUUAGCGUAUUUUACUUACAAAAGGACAACAUUUUUUUAAGUGUGUAAUUAAGUCCAUAUCUCAUUUAAACUCCUCGAGUGUGGGGUGUGGUCAUUAGGUCAUUCGAAUUCAUAUGAGGUCAUGAAUGAAAAGAUUUGAGAAAAUUUAAAUUCGCCUGAUGCUUUCAUGAUUUUCAUGAAAUGCAAAAUAAUGUAGAUAAUUCUCAUCUUUCAUAACUUUCUCCUCGGCCUUCAAUUUAAAGUUCAUUGCCACAUGAACAAUUUCUCAUUUUAGUGCAGUCAAAAGUGACAGCGGUAACCAAAUACUUUCAUAUGUAAUGAAACAGCUGAGUUUGUUGACACUUCAAAAAAAUAUUUAACUCCACCAAUUUGAACAAUUUGAGUGAUUUCUACUAAAUAUCAUUAGCAUAUCAAAUUGAUAUUAUCAAGCAGAUUAUUCUCGUACCACGGUGAGGUCACUUAAAUCAAGUGACUUAAUUUCACUCAAUCCUGAAAUAUGUAUCCCACGUUAAGCCCACCCUCGUCGCCACCCCGAUGCAAAAUCAGGAGGGUCACCCCACCCGUUAAAUUAUUGCCUUACAAUGUAGAUUUGCAAAUUAAUGGCACAUUCCUGCUGGGGACGACUCCACCUCAAUCGCCCUUUACAAAUUCUGCAACAUCGAGUCCGUCGACAAGUUCCUCGUCACCUAUCACAACGCCACCACCUAGGAAAAUCCUCACCAGACGAAUUCCAUCGCAUAUAAUUUCGUCGAAAGGUCAUGUGGCGCUCACGAAGGAAUUAAUCUCACAAAUAGUUUCGCUUCAUCUUUGUGAAAGUAUGAAUACAAAUACAGAAAUCCCAAUAAAAUCAGCACCUGUAGAAGAAGCAGACACUCAGGAGGCUAGAUUAAAGGCUCUUCCAACCUUGGCGAACAAAAAGAACGGUGCAAAAACUCAUGACGAGGCCGUCGUGGAGGGUAAGGCGAAAUUGGUGGAAGGAUCUGGGGACGGCGCCCCGUCUAGAAAGUGAGCCAAUGAAGGGCUUGGCGAAAAUUACGAAAUUGAAAAUGAUACGCAACUCUCAUUUACAUAUUGCUUGUGUUAAUUUUUUGUUUGCUUUUGCUAUUCUGUUUCGCAUUACGAGUAAUGAAUUAUUAUGUUUUUUAUACCAUUUUCUAGUAAUGAUGCAUGAUUGGUUUUACAAAAUUGAUUUUAUUUAUACAAAUUACAUAGUCUUGAUAGUA